CAAUCUUGUCAAAAGACGAGAUAAAAAAAACAAAAACGAAUUCAUUUUUUUUUUCACAGACGAGAUAAUCCCCGUCCUGAGAAUGGAGAGAUCUACGCUCAAACGAACAUCGAGUUUUCCGGAUCCUGAGCCUGCUAAGGCCCUGCGUUCGACUUUGAUCCUGCGGCCAAAAUUCGGAUCACCAUUGCUGAUGCUAAUUACAGAAGAGGAUGGUUGUCGUAUCUACAACCCAGAAGAUGGUAUGGUCUACGAGACGAAGAGUGACUUUUCAGGGUAUCGAUUCCUGGGAAGCUCAGGUAAGUGGUUUCUGGUGGUAGAUUCUCAAUUGAAACUCUAUAUUGUAGAUGUCUUUAGCGAGGAGAGGAUCGAUCUUCCACCACUAGAAUCAUUGAAAGGUAGCCUUUAUAAGAUUGAGCGAGUAGGAGAGAAUAAAGUCAGGAAUAUAUUAUACAGUGAUUUAUCUCCUGGGGAUCCUCAUACUGCCGAAGAUCUGAGAGGUCGUUUGUGGGUAGGCGACAACAAGGAAGACUACGUUGUUGUGUGGCAUUUUGAAAUGAACGACUUUCUAGGGUUUUGCAAGAAAGGGGAUGAUCAUUACCGCGAGAUCUUAACAAGGACCGGUGUUCGCAGGGAGUUACGCGGUGUAAAAGAUAUGGUACUUAAAGGUUACAGCCUUUACGUCCUUGCCAUCCGUGACUUCAUUCGACACUUGGAUUUGUCUGGACAUGGUGAAGAUGGUAUCAAGGAUGUGUCCGAGAACCAUAAGCUUCCAAUGUGGAUGCCAAGUCUGAGUAGGGAUGAACAAUUAAGAGUCAACAUAGAUAAGAUCAGCUCAUCUAGUGAAAGCAUUGCUGUUACAAGAUCAGGUCAGGUUUUGGUUGUCUGUUCUUACGAGUUAGGUAACUCUGAAGUGCAUAGGAUGUUCCACGUGUACAAGAGAGAUCCUAAAGAUCUUGACCCGAAGACCUACUUAACCCAGCUUCUUGAGGUACAUUCUCUAGGUGAUGAGGCCCUCUUUCUCGAUUUGGGAACCACCGUGCCUGCUGACCAUACCCGUGGUAUUGAGCCUAACUCCAUCUAUUUCACCCGUGGUGAUCGUAUCCGUCACAGGAAUCCUUCACGCCCCGACAUCUGUGUCUUCAAUCUUACAACAAAGACCAUCAAACACAGCCACAACUUAAACGUCAAGGAUGCCCGGUGGUUUCUUCCCUCUUGAUUCUUGAGUUCCUCAUGGUUUCUCCCUCGGCCUUGCUCUGUUUCUUUCUUCUACAGUCUGGUGUUGUUGACACAUUUCCAAACUCUACUUUGUUAUCCUCUUUUUCUUUUGAUGUAAAAUCUAUGGAAUUGCCAGUGUUUAAAUAUCUUGGACUUAUGUUCCCAAUUUCAAACCAUCACUUCAGAUCAAA